AUGACAACUGAAAACACCGGCGAAGCUAACGAAACGCCGAGAAGCCCAAUCAGAUCCAUGAUGCCGUUAGAACCAUACAUCACUCCCAUUACCACAUCACACCAGUCAACAACCGCCGUGACUAAUGUGCCACAAUUUAGUGGCCCAACGACGCCCAGCAUACCGAUGAGUGAACUUUGGAGGCAAACAAUGGAAGAGCCGAUACCCUUUGCCACUACGCCGCCACAAAAUUUUCCAUUAAGCAACCAUCAAGCGACGUCGAUUCUUAGCAGCAUGACACCGCCGAUAGUACAAACCACCGAUGGUACAUUCGCCUUCGCAUAA